AUGGACAUUUGUGUUAUCGAAAGAGCUGCAGAGACUCUCUUGGGUCCACCAAAUCUGGUGUCAGCGGAAAGUCGACGUGAAGCAGAGCAGUUAUUCCACAACAUCAAGCAGGAACUUACAAUCGAGGCUGCAGCACAAGUGAUACAGAGCACAAAGAAUCAAUGCGUUCUCUUCCAAAUAGCCCAAAUGACGGGAGAGAUUGUACUGCGGGAUUGGGUCCUGCUAUCGAAGGAACAGGUCAUACAUACAUACAAAAUGCUGCUGGAAUUUGUCGCCCAAAGAGAAGACUUAUCGAAUUAUGCGCAAACAGAAUUUCUUCGUUCUGUGGCGAUGAUUUUGAAGCGUGGCAUAAUCGAUGAGAAAACAGGCGAUCAAGAAGAACUUUUUGAAUUGAUACACAACCUUUUGGUUAACCCGCAUGCGCGACUGCAAGCUAUAGGAGGGGAACUGAUUUCUGCGAUCACGCAGCAAUUCUCUUCGUCAUGGAGGAAUGCAAAAUUCAGUAUCACUUGGGAUUUUCAUGUACGGGCGAAGACGAAAUUUGAGGAUAUCGGUCUCAGACGGUUGUUGGAGAUGUCGUUGAAGACUCUUCAUGCUUUGCUAUCUCAAACGAAUAUUCUAUCUGAUGAAUUUGCUCACAGGAUAUGUGGCAAGUUUUUAGAGGUUGCCGAAACCACCUUAUCAUGGAAUUUUGCCUCAAAGAUAUUUCGACGGGUAUUUUCUCUGUGUCAGUUUCAGACAACUAACUCAUUUCGCCCACCAGCCUCGUGGAAGGAUCUGUUGGAAAAUGACGAGUUUUUCACGUUAUUCUUCCAUCUACAUGCAAAGAUUCGUACUGAUGAAGAUCUUUCAACACGUUCACUUUCGUGCCUAGUCCAAUUAGCUGGUCUGUCCGGUGAAGUAAUGGCAUCGUCUGAUUUCACUGAACGUUAUGUAAAGCUUUACAUUGGGUCGCUUAUGGAUCUUUUUGCCGAAGGUCCACUUCAGCACGAGAUAAACUAUUUCUGUACUAUAGUGAAUCGACUGUUCCAGUACCGUCCAAUUCAGACAAUAAUGCGUAUAGGACCGGAACUUCGUAGAAAAUUCCUUAUUUAUCUAUCACAAUACAUUCAGCACCUUACCAGUCAAGCUAUGUACGCUGCUCUAGGUCGAGGUGAGCAUGACGACCACCAUUCCCUUGCUUUACUGUUCGACUCGUGGACACUUCUUCUACGAGGCCGAUGGCGACUAGAGCUGACGCAGGAGGAAGAGGCGAUGAUUGAUAACGAGCUGAUUAUUGGGCCAAAUUUACAAAUUGUCAAGCGCUUCGUUGAGUGCGUUCAAGCACCGCCCAUCGGCUGCCGGCCACCUAUUUUCACGGACGGUGACGAUGAUGAUGAAGACGACCGAACGCUGUUUUUGGAUCUCCUUACUCCGUUGGGUACGAUGGCAUGCUAUAGUGUUCGUGAAUUCAUGGACAUGAUGAUUCAUUUGGUCCGUGAGCACAUAUCCGAGUUCCAACAAAUGGCAGCUGGGUCUGCUGAUCUGUCGCGAUUACCGUUAUGGCAAGAAGAUAUGCACUGGCUUCUACUCAUUAUUGCUAAUUCUGUGGUGAGUGAGGAUAUUGAUGGAACGUGUCGUACUGAAGGAGACGUAUUCGAGAGCUCGGUUGCAACGGUGAAUGAAAGAGGGCACGUUUAUAGCUUGGAGCAUACAGAAACGUUCCUUUGUCAAUGCAUUGAAAAUCCAGCCGGCGAUAGAUCGCACGCCACGGAUCGAGUCGAUCCUUAUCUGCGUUUGAUCGGUGAGGUGUUGGCGUGGGCUUCUCUCGAACAUCAGCUGGUGUCAGAAGCUGUUGCGAAUUUCGUCAGCCCAGAGUUGACAAGGUCCUCAUUUUUGUGCCUGAGACGGUUAAUCAGUGCAGCUAGCACUGCUGCCGAAUAUUCUGAUGCGGAUCCGUUAUCGUUGCCCGUUUUUCCCCAAACGGGAUCCUUUACUCAUCUGAUCGUCAAAUUUGUUGUUCGUAAAGUUUUCACGAUUCUGAACAAGUUUGCCGGAGAAGAAAAGUUAUGCUUGGAUGCUGUCAACUUGCUAACGGGUAUGAUCGAAGCGUAUGCGACGCUUUUGGCAUCGGAACCAGAACUUUUCGACUACCUUGGGCACCUUGAUAUAGCAGCACUCCCGAGCAGGUCUUUAUUCAAUUUCAUACUUAUUUGCUUUAGCCGAUUUAUAUUGGAUCCAUUGGGUCAACGCUUUGCUCAGACUUGUCAACAGCCGCCAAGUUCAGAAGUAGACAGCCAGCUUGUAGAUCUCAUCCAGUGUAUGGAUGGUGUGGCCAGAGCCAGUCAGCCACAUUCCGCCGCUAUACUCUUCAGAUUCCUAAGUCCGAUUCUCGAAAGCUGUGUCCCGUUGAUGAAAUCUCGUUCAUACUCGCAGCCGGUUGUCGCUGCAAUUUUAGUUCUCAUUCAGGAUGUCACAACCAAGGUUUCUAUUUAUGUGGAUGAUAAGGAAGAUUCUGCUACUUUAUACCGUACUAUAGUUAUGAUUGUGGACGUUUAUCGAUCAGAACAAUCAUCUAGGUUCGUGGGAAUGACGGAAAAUGAUGAGGACAAAGGAAGUGAUUUGGUGCUAUUUUUGGAUAUUCUGUCGAACGUACUUUCAAAGGAUAUAUUGGAAGGCGGCGAAGAUAACGUGGCGACUGGAGCACAGGUCGCGCUAGCGUCCUUGGAGAUGCUGUUGACUGUGAUGAACGAAUCAGUGCUGAAGUUACCUGAUUUGGCGAUGAAAUUCUUCCGACUCGUCCUCUAUUUAGUGGAAUUUUCACGUGAAGCUCUAGCCGUAAUGUCAGUCCCAUUAUUGGUGGCCCUUUGCCAAUGUCUGAGGGAAGGCAUGACAUCACAGUACGGCUCCGAGAUUGCGUGUACCUCAAUGGAGGCGCUUACCGAAAUAGUUAGCUACUUCAUCCUAAUGAACCAUCCUGUUCCUCCUGAGCUGGCACAGCAAUUUACGGAGACUCUUCCGUUAGCAUUCGAAUCAUGUUUGGAGAAUAGCUGUGAAAAUACGAUCUUCAACGAGGCGGCUUCCUGUCUAUACAGCUUGAUCUGUUUUGAUAAGUCUGCAUUUGAUCGGUUCGUGAACGAAAUGCUGUCAAACAAAAGCAAUGAGUCAGCUUCGAACAAAUUACGGGAAGAGUUUGCUAUGCUGUUGCCAGAAGAUCCGAAACCAGGGCGAAGGGAGAGGUGGUUUUUUCCUUCUUUCUGUAUGAGUCAUUUAUAA